UCGCCCGAUAUGGCGCCCGGCUUGUUCGACGACGUGUUCUUGGCGCAAUGGAACGAGAAGUACUUUGAGUAUUUGGAGCAGACUGUGCCGUCAUGAUUGCUAUCUGGCGUCCUGAAGACGGGACAGGUUGGACAUACGGACAUAUGGAAACGUUCGACAAUUGGCAACAUGGGCGACCCGAUCCGAUCUCUCGAAAAGGCCAGGACAUGAAGCGAUAAAUCAGUAAUAAACAGAUGUGUGCGACUCCGGCAGAACUCCCAUCGACGAAUGACCAUGUUCGGACCCCCGAGGACCCUGGAUCAGGACUUCCGAAUAGAGCGACAGCCUCCAGGCACCAGCGACUAGCGUGAAAGUCGUGUGGGGCUACAAUGUCGACGCCAUCGCCGACGGGAUGUACGCAUCAUCAGGACGCAUGGAUUCGUCUCUUUUCUUUUCGAGAUAUGAAUAUCAAACUUCGACUCUUCCUCUUUUCUUCUUCUUGUUCUUUUGUUCAUCCAAGACAGGACAACCCAAGUUUCUUCCUACAAUCAUCCUAUCCAAGUUAUUCCUCGUGGCGUGCAGGCCAAGCUUCAAUGUCUGUCGCCAUGUCUGAACCGAUGGAUGCCGUUCCCAUUCCCGAACCUGAUAUCCCCCCCGUUUCAAUCUCACAUGGGACCAUCCAAUCUCUACAUCCACAAGCUCCGACCACCAACAACCUCCGGAUCCCCCCUCCAGAACAAACCUCACAGGGGGCAACGGUCGCGCGUACGCUUCGAUCAACCACUAUCCGCCCUACCCCCUUCAAACUACCACCUCUUCCCACUUACAACUGUUCCAUGGGCCCAAAUCCGACGGAAUCUGUAGCAGGUGGCCCGCCAUUUUGGGACGUAGCCGACAUGCCAUCCGAGUGGCAUCCUCCUCCUCCUCGCGACCGUCGCCCAUUUCCUCGCGCCCCAAAUUUUUUGGACCAAGAAGAUGCAACCGGUCACGGGAUCAGAGGCCAAGUUUGUGGCCGUUGGUUGCGGGACUGGGACAAGCUUAACCACAACCACCGGUCGAGGUCUGACAAUGAACGACAUCUCAGGCAAAAGGCAAUGUCGAUUGGUGGCUAACCGCCUGUUCUCUCGGAAUAUCCUCAAGGACACGAGCAUAUCCUUUGCGAACCCGACUGGGACAUGGCCGAAACAGCUGGGAGCGGUGGC